CUGUGAUUGUCUCACAGGGGAAAUGAAAACAUCUGUAUUAAACAUCUGUAUAAUCAAAACUCAUAUCUGUGUCCGGCGUUGGGCUCGGUUUAUAAAAGAGUUUGAUUUCAGCCGUCCAGUCCCUCUGUCUGUGGUGGUACACAAAUAGAUGUUUAUAGGGGCUCCGUUAUGUUCAUUAAAACACGCAGCGUCUGUCUGACAGCCCCCGCAUGUCGGGACGCUCGUUUAAAUGCCGUCUGUGUGAUCGAGGAGAUCCAGACCAACUUCAGUUCAUGAUCUCCUGCUGUUCUCUGUGCUUCACUAACUGAACGCUUCGGGUCGAUCACAGUGACUUUAAAGAUGAAGAUCGCUUUGCUGGUUUUGGUGCUUCUGGCUUUCGGACACUCGCUGCCUAUGCAGCGGAGGAGAGUAACGAGAUCAGAGAGCUCAGAAGGCGACGGGAGCGACUGCGAGGAACACGGCAGUGAAGAGAAGAAAGCAGAGGAAGAGGAAGGAGGAGAUGGAGACGAGGAAGAAGAUGAGGAAGAGGAAGGGGGAAAUGGAGACGAGGAAGAAGACGAGGAAGGGGGAAAUGGAGACGAGGAAGAAGAGGAAGGGGGAGAUGGAGAUGAGGAAGAAGAGGACGAGGAAGGGGGAGAUGGAGAGCGAGAGAAGGAAGGAGGAGAAGAGGAGGAUGAAGAUGGCAGUCAGGAAGGAGAAAGUGAUGAAAGUGCCGCUGCUGAUGAAGAGAGUGAAGACGAGCAGAACAAUGAGGAGAACAACGGAGAGGAAGAACAAGUGUCUGGGAAGAUUUCCUCAGAUCUGACAGAGGAUGUGACAUCAUGAUGGGCGGAGCUCUCGCCGGAUGACAUCAUGAACACUGUGAAGAUGAUCAUGAUCACCGAUCACGGAGUCAAAGAAGAAAAUGAAAGCAAAUUCAUAUUUAACAUACAUGCAAAUUAAGAUUUCAGAAAUAAUUCAUACUCACAUCAUGAAUCAGAUCAGAACACAAAACCACAGUAUAAAGUGUAAAUAAAUAUUGCAUGCUAUUUUAGAUGUUAUUAUAGUUUAUAAUUAUUAAAAAGAAUGGCAUUUGAACAUUUUUGUUUUAUUUCAGUAUUAUUUACCUCAGUCUGGUUUCUCAGUAUAUUAUUUCAAAGCAUUUUAAGGGCUGCUAAAUAUAACCGAUGUUGUUGUUGUUGUUGUUUUUUAAAUGUAUAAAACUUAUUUUGUAAUUCAUUGAUUUGAAUUCAAUAUUACAUAUAUAAAAUCACAAUAAGUAGGCCUAUAUUAUAUAUCAAUAAUUUGUUCAUGUAAAUCCUAGGAACCAGCAUUACCAGAGCAGGAUUCUGUUUUAAUGUCACAUAAGUGUAAA